AUGCUGAACUCAGUUGAGCAAGAAUCAGUGUACCGAGUGCUUGAAUCGCUCAACUCUGACGUCCCAUGGCGGUCUCUCUUCCCUGACGACCUCUGCUCCUCCGCCCCACACGGGGUCGUUUGCGACUACGCCAGCGUCACCGGAACCCUAAACAUCGUCGAGCUUAGUUUCGGGUACGUUUCCGAUUUCAACUCCAACCCGACCUGCUCACCAAGCUCCACACUACUUGACCCGUUACUCUUCUCUUCUUUUUCCCACUUACGUAAACUCUUCUUCUACAAAUGCUUCACCCAACAACCCGUUUCUUUACCUGAUCUGUCACGGGUUGGUUCUGGUCUUGAAGAGCUUGUAUUCAUCAACAACCCAACCCUUUUUGGUUCAUUGAGUGACUACAUCGGUAACAUGACUAGCUUACGCCGGUUGAUCAUCACCGGAACGAAAGUUUCCGGCAAAAUCCCGGUUGGGUUUGGCGAGUUAACAAAUCUAGAAGAAGCUACACUUUCACGAAACAGUUUCACCGGAGAAAUUCCGGAAAAUGUAUCAAACUUGAAGAAACUUAAAGUUCUUGACCUCAGCCAGAAUGGGUUUAGCGGAAAUGUUCCGGGAACAAUAGGAGGAUUAGAGAAUCUGUUGAAGCUCGAUUUGAGUUCCAAUUAUUUUUCCGGCGAGAUCCCGGAGACGAUGAAGGGUUUAAGGGGUUUGGAGUUUUUGGAUUUGAGUGAUAACGGAUUGGUGGGUGGUGGGGUGCCUUUGUUUCUGUCCGAAAUGAGUAAACUAAAGGGGGUGUACUUGAGUGGGAAUGAAUUAGGAGGGGUGAUUCCCGACAUAUGGAAGAACUUGCGGGGUGUUAACGGAAUUGGGUUAUCAAGAGUAGGGUUAGUCGGGGGAAUUCCAGUUUCAAUGGGGGUAUUUCUUGGAAAUUUGAGUUAUUUGGGUCUUGAUAACAACAUGCUAACAGGGGAAGUCCCAAAGGAAUUUGAGAAUUUAGAGUUAUUGAGCGAGUUGAAUUUGAACAACAACAAUUUGAGUGGGAAGAUACCCUUUUCUCUAGGGUUUAUGGGUAAAGUCGGAGGGAAGUUAAGGUUAGAAGGGAACUCAGAGUUGUGUGUGGAUGAAGGUGUAAUUAACUUAUUUUACAAGGUGAAGAUAUGUAACGAGGUUGAAAAUCCCAUAUCUGCCCUUGUCUAUGGGUAUGGCAUUAGCUCUUCAAGUAGAGUUGGUGAUAAUAGUACAUGUUGUUGGGUAUUGAUUUUGGUUUGGGUGGUUGUUAACUUGUUAUGGCAGAGACGAUUUUGA